AUCGGCCGGGAUCUGAUCACAAUAGGCAAUAUGAUGGAUGCUGCUGAGGUGAACGGAAGCUGCUAUCCUGAAAUCCCAAAACCGCAAACUGGGUGAAGAGAUUCGAACCAAUAGAACAGAAGGGGCUGAAUCGCCGCCUCUAAACUGGUCGAUAAACCAGAAUCUCCGGUGGAAUUAGGUGAAUCAGGCAGAAUGUGACGAGGUGAUUGGGCGAAUUCGGCGGACUCGUCGUCGGAGUGGCGAUAGCUACAGUCGGCGGCGGAAUUUAACCCUGCCGCGACGGAGCGGAAUCCCCGCCGGAAUUGCUGAGGAGGCCGAGAGGGGGAAAAAGAAUCCGACUUGCAUACUGUAAAACGAAAAAGGAAAAAAAAUUCUCGCACGUGUGAAGGGAAACGUGUGCCACAUUUCCCGCCAAGAGUUCCCGCCAACAUAACCCGCCGUUCCCUCUAUUACCCGCCCUUUCCAGUCCAUUGCCUCCCUCCGCUCUCAUUUCAGUCGGUGAAAACAAAACAACAGCAGAAAGAGUGAUUUCUCGGUGAGCAGUAUCCUAUUUCCCGGCGGCGAAGGUGAGAGAUCAUCUAGAGAGAUGUCGGGAUGGGACGAAGGAGCCGUCUACUACAGCGACCAAGCGCAGUUCCCCGAAUCCGGCGCCGAUGGUGGCGGUGGCGGACUCAGCCGCCACACUAUCCUCCGGAAGUUGAAGGAGUUCAUCAGAAACUUCGAGACCGACAAGAACGUGUUCCCGUACAGAGAGAGUCUGGUUCACAACUCCAAGUCUCUCCUCGUCCACCUCGAAGAUCUGCUCGCCUUUGAUGCCGAGCUUCCAUCGCUCCUCCGUUCCUCUCCCGCCGAUAACCUCCCUCUGUUCGAGACGGCGGCGGCGGAGGUGCUGCAGGGGUUGAGAUUGAAGAAGCUAACCGAUGAUGGGGAAAUGAAGGAGCCGGAGACCGGGGAGGUUCAGAUACUACUGAGUUCGAAGGAAGAUCCUGUUUCCAUGAGAGCCCUAGGGGCCGAUUACAUUUCCAAGCUGGUCAAGAUAUCUGGAAUCACCAUUGCUGCUUCACGAGUUAAGGCAAAAGCCACAUAUGUUAGUCUGGUGUGCAAGAACUGUCAGAGUACAAAGGAAGUUCCUUGUCGUCCAGGGCUUGGAGGUGCUGUAAUGCCACGUUCUUGUGACCACGCUCCUCAGCCUGGUGAAGAAGCGUGCCCCAUUGAUCCUUGGAUAAUAGUUCCUGACAAAAGUAGAUAUGUUGAUCAGCAGACACUGAAAUUGCAAGAGAAUCCUGAGGAUGUCCCCACUGGAGAGCUUCCCAGAAACAUGCUACUUUCUUUGGAUCGUCACUUAGUUCAAAGAAUAGUACCAGGGACGAGGCUGACAAUCAUUGGAAUCUACAGCAUUUUUCAGGCAGCCAAUUCAUCAAAUAACAAUAGAGGAGCUGUUGCAGUGAGGCAGCCUUAUAUAAGGGUUGUGGGGAUGGAAGAAGCCAAUGAAGCCAGUAGUCGUGGUCAUGCGUCCUUCACACAAGAAGAGGAAGAAGAAUUUAGAAGGUUUGCCUCCAGAACGGAUGUUUACGAAGCCAUAUGCGCUAAGAUUUCUCCAUCUAUAUUUGGGGAAGAAAAUGUGAAGAAAGCUGUGGCUUGCCUUCUAUUUGGAGGUUCAAGGAAGAACCUGCCAGAUGGGGUGAAGUUAAGAGGUGACAUCAAUGUGUUGCUACUGGGAGACCCGUCCACUGCUAAAUCACAGUUUCUCAAGUUUGUUGAGAAGACGGCUCCUAUCGCUGUUUAUACUUCUGGGAAAGGGUCAUCAGCUGCUGGUCUGACAGCUUCUGUGAUACGGGAUGGAAGCUCUCGUGAAUUCUACCUUGAAGGAGGAGCCAUGGUUCUAGCAGAUGGAGGUGUUGUGUGCAUAGAUGAGUUUGACAAGAUGAGGCCUGAAGACAGGGUGUCUAUUCACGAAGCAAUGGAACAGCAAACGAUAUCCAUAGCAAAAGCAGGAAUUACAACUGUUCUUAAUUCUAGAACUUCAGUACUUGCUGCUGCUAAUCCUCCAUCAGGACGGUAUGAUGAUCUCAAGACUACACAGGAAAACAUUGAUUUGCAAACAACGAUUCUUUCUCGAUUCGACUUGAUCUUCAUUGUGAAAGACAGAAGAGACAUGAAGCGAGAUAAGAUCAUUGCCAGCCAUAUUAUAAAGGUUCAUGCAUCUGCUGAUCAAACAGCCACAGACCACAAGGUUUCUAAAGAGGAUAACUGGCUCAAGAGAUACAUACAGUUCUGUCGUUCAACUUGUCGCCCUCGUCUCUCCGAGUCAGCAGCCACUAGGCUCCAAAAUGAAUAUGUUAGAUUCAGACAGGACAUGAGAAGGCAAGCCAAUGAAACAGGAGAAGCAUCUGCUGUGCCCAUUACAGUAAGACAACUGGAAGCAAUCGUAAGGCUGAGCGAGUCUCUUGCAAAAAUGAAACUGUCACAGAUUGCAACAGAGGCUGACGUGGUUGAAGCAGUGAACCUGUUCAAGGUGUCCACCAUAGAGGCAGCACAGUCCGGGAUUAAUCAGCAUGUGACUUCUACACCUGAGAUUCAGCAAGCUGAAGCUCAGAUAAAGAGAAGGAUCGGGAUAGGUAUGAGGAUUUCGGAGAGGAAAUUGAUCGAUGAUCUCAGCAGGAUGGGGAUGAAUGAAUCCAUUGUGAGAAGAGCUCUAAUAGCCAUGAACCAGAGGGACGAGAUCGAGUACAAGCAUGAAAGACGCAUCAUAGUGCGAAAGCUAUGAUCUUAACAGCCUGCAGGAGAUGCUUCUCGCGUUCUUUCCUCGUAUCAGGAUAUGCAUGGCAUGGCAUCACUAUAUUAGGUACACUAUCCAGCAGCAUGUAAUGAAUCAUCUUAGUUAGCUCUCUUCCUCUUUUAUCUCUUGUUGUUAAACUAAUAGGGCUAGUGCUCUGUCUAAUUAAAAAGGUCAAUGAAUCCAAGAUCAAAGCAGAGUUCUUGUUGUCCGUAAAAACAAUUAAGGCUAUUUUAAGAUUUUCAUAAGAUAUCAAAUUGCAGCAGCUAUGUAGCAUUCUAAAUUGUGAUGUUUGAACGAGUUCUUUUUAAACUGAAUGUCAGACUAUUGGAAAUGGAGAAAGACUUUUCUCCCAAAAAAUGUUUAAUCAUGUCAUUAAACACAGUUUAAAUUCCUAAUCGAACCAAAGCAAAGACAACAAGUAUGAUGGUUAAGAUUUGCAUUUCCUGCUCUCUAUUUUUCAUCCACUCCGGCUCCCAAACUUUCACAAAUCACAGCAAUAGGCAGGCCCAAGAGCCGCCAGCCCAGAACAAAAAGAGAUCAGUUUGGACAUAUCCAGCAGCCAAGAGCCCAGUUAAAAAAGUGUGGCCCAGUUAAAAAAGAGAAGGUCCAGUUUGGACAGCCCCUCAGGCUAUGCGGGCCCAAGAGCCACCGGCCUGUUAUCCUUCCACUGCCUAGAGAGGGAGGUGCUCGCUGCUCUGUGAAGCCAGCCUAGCGCAUUACCCUCCACUCUAGAGACCACGACGCCUCCGGUCUUCACCGAGACUCCGUGGCCCAACUCCGGGCUUGGAGCGGGCAAGCCAGAAAUCCGACAACCGGAGCCCAACCUUUGAAGCAGGCCCAAUGUCCCAUCUCCAUAAUGCCUCCACUUGGAUCACAAGCUCGCGUUACCAAGCUCGGCGAAGGGAUACGUCAUCCUAGAGGAAUAUAAACGGCAUUUUUAUUUAUAGUUUCAGUGAUGUGGUACUGUUGUAACAGUCUCAAGACUUUGAAAAGACAGGACUGACUCUGGCUCUUCAUAUCCCAACUUCCUCUGCUGCAGAGGUAGUGUGGUUUUGCAUUUGCGAGACAAGCAUUAGAGAAUGCAGGGAUGGAUUUACCGUGCUCGGUCACUGCUUUCGUUUCCCGUUAUCACAGGCCGGCGGUGGGUAUUUGAUUUCCCCCGGGAGCUGGAGUUCGCCGGAUGGAAAUCCUGUCCGAGUUGAUACCUGCGAGACUCGAUGGUGGGGGAGGACGAAGUGGAUGCUGUAUUUUUCACGAAUCACGAGUGCUGUGGAAGGGGGAAGGGUUGCUGAAAAAGCUUGAGCGAGCUUGGAUGUGGACUGGAAGACGGUGAGACGUAGGCGGCUGGGAUGGUGGUGGCAGAACAUGGUCCGGUGAUGGCAAAUGGAGCUAAGGGAUUGGGGAUUGGGGAGUGGAUGUUGAUGAGGUGAGUGGGAAGUUGGAGAGCUUUGAAGGCGUCGUCGAUGCUCUGCACUCGCACUAUAGAGGUUUGAGCUCUACAUGUUUGUGAAAUUGCCUGAAUGAACUUUUUUUUCUCCCUGAAUGAAGAAGCUUGUCAUUA